AUGUUAUUAACUAGCGAAAAUAUUGAAUUUUAUUCUUAAAGAAGAAAAUAGUAUACUUAAGAUUUCCUUAAAUUGACAAAUCAAUUUAAACCUAAGUUACAACAAUUAUAAAGGCGUUUAAUUGCAUAAAAAUAGAUUAUAGAUGGCCCAGUUAAAAUUUAGAGUACAACUUAAAAAUACAAAAAAUUCAGUAGAGUUUUAUUAUCUCUCUCUAAAUCUAAAGAAGUUUAAAAUAAAAUUGAUAAAGAAAUGAACAGAUGCACCUAUUAAUACGAACUUGAUGAGGCUUUAAAUUGUAAGUAUUGAAAACUUAAUUAUAUAAAGGUUUAAUUAUUCUCAAACGUGCAAAAAAAUUUAAUAAUCUAUGUUUCCUUUAAUUGAAAAUAUUUAAGUUUAAAUCAAAGAAAAGCAUUAGGAACUAAUGACCAAUCCUGAUGAUUUAAUUUAAUGCUAAAAGGUAUUAUUUCAAUUAUAUCAAAAGAGAGAAGAAUUGGAAAAAAUAAAACUUAAAUCAAGGAGAUAUUUUAAAAUUAUUGAAAAGCUUUAAAAAAUGGAUAUUUAAAAAUAAUAAUAAAUUACUAACGAAAAGUUGAGCUUCAAAAAUUUGGAGAAAUUAGAUUAAAUUCAAGAAAAUGAAGAAAUUCUUAAGUAUUCAGAAAAACCUAUUACAUCAAGAAGAACUCUUGAAUCAUCAAUGCAGUAAGAUGAAGAUAAAAAAAAUUUAUAGACUACAAAUAAUUCAUAAAUUGGAGAAGAAUCAAAUAAAAAUUUAUAAAUUAAAGAUCUUGAUCACAUUAUUAGAAAACAUUAAAAGAAAAUGGGCUUAUUAAAUAGAAAACAAUAAAGCAUGAUGGAGUUCAAAAAUUUUAUUUAUACUCAAAGAACAAUUAAUCAAGAAAACUUAAACUAGUAAAACGAAAUCAGAUAUUAAUAAUCAAAACAAAAAAUCCCCUCAAAUAAAAGAUUUUCUUAAACUUUCCUCUCCACAAAAAUAAACUCCUCAAAUCUAACGUAAUAAUUAUUUUUUAACUAGUCCUAUAUUUGAUGAAUAAAAUGGAAUUAUAACUUGUAUCACCGCAAAAAAUUAAAAAAAUAUUAGUCUCUAACAAAAAAAACAUUAAAAAUAGCAAAAAAGCUUAAAAUUAUAUCAUGAAGCUUAAGAGACAAAGAAAAGUAAUAAACUUUUCUAAUAUAUUUGA